AUGGAGGCAGGGCGCCACUACGAGGUACUGUGCAUUGCCAACUUCAGCUCUGCCGAGGAGGUGCGCCUAGCGUACAAGUCGCUUGCCCUCAAGUACCACCCCGACAAGAACUUGGGCGACCCGACAGCGGCGGAGCGCUUCCGCGCAGUGUGCCGCGCUUACGAAGUGCUUUCAAGUGAAGAGACGAAAGGCAAGUACGACCUCGCGCUGCGUGCUGCCCUAUCCGAGUAUGGCCAGCGCGCUGGUAGCAAAACCGGCGGCCACGGAGGCGCCAAUCCGUACUCCAUGAAGGCCCCCUCUAUGUCGGAUAUUUACAGAGAUCUGUACCAGCGACAAGCCGCGCGGGCUAGCACACGGAACCGCACCUCGUCGGCGCCGCCGCAAAGUGGCAAGGCAUCUACCUCGCAGUACACCAAGGCGCAGCAGGAGCAUUUUCGCAAGCGAGAGAGGGAGCGGCAACAGGAGCUGCGCCGUCAGAGGGAGAGGGAGAGGAAGGAGCAGCGUGAUCGAGAGCGGGAGGCGCUGCGCAGGGAGCAAGAGCGGCAAGAAGAGCUGCUUCAGCAGCGGUGGCGCCUGCAGCAGCAGCAACAGAAGGUGUACCCCACGCGUGGAUCAACACGCAUCACAACCACAGCUGCCGCUGCAUCACCGUCGACCGGCACAACUAGCGACUCCACAGCCCACAUCGACGACGGUAACGGCAUCUCACCUCGCAUGCAGCGCGUAUCCCCACGCGUGAAGACGGAAGGGGUGCGUAGCGGCAUUGAAAGCCAUGCGCCGAACACGGUGCUCCUUGGCACGCCGGCGCGGCUGGCAAUGUUGGCCCGCAACGGAGUCGCUACCGCACUGCGCACGUUCCGGACGUGCUCGCCAUUAUCUCUGUCGCCACGGCCGUCCGCCAAGCCUCGCUCUGCCGAGGCCGGCGCGCCUGAUGAGCCGUCGUCGUCAUUCGCGUGGCGGGAGGAGGAGACGACGGACGUUGACGCGGUGGAGGGUGAGUUGUCUACAGGCUGGCACACGCCCCUCAACGCACUCGAGAACAGCGGUGACCUGGAGGAGGGAGCGGCGCCCUCCAGCAGUUACAGCAGCUGUGCCGGCUCACCUAUUGCUGCCGAGGAGCAGGUGAUGGCGCAGUCGGCAAGCGUACCUCGGGACUUCUGCAGGGGGAGCGCGCCGCUUUCGCGACCUGCAUCUGGCGUUGCAAGCGCCAGUGGUGUAGAUGCACGGCCGGCGGCGUCCGCUCAGCCGAGCACUCGCAACACGCACACCACGUCGGAGGACGGUAGCGAAGAUGGCACUGCAGCUGGCUGCGGACACGACAGUCAUCGUACGCCGUCCUCGUACCGUCUGGGGACGCGCAACACGACUGUGAACCGAGUCACGGUGCCGUCCGCGUCUCCCACGUCCACAACGCCACGCCACUGGGGAACGCCUCGCAGCUUCACAAACUUCCACGGAGCAGCGUCAGCGUCAGCGUCAUCGGCUUCCUUGGCAGCGUCGCCGUGGAGUCAGACAAUCACUCCGCAUUGUAGCAGCAGUGCACAUGUGGCCGCGAACGGCCGCAGUCAUAGCUUGUCUGCCGGGACAGCAUCGACCAGGGCCAGAGCGAGUCACACCUUGCCCAAGAGCAGCAGCAUCAACGGCGCCACCCGCCACAGCAGCCCCCUUCAUGCCUCCUUCCUUCACCGAGUGCGUCCCAUAUCCAGUUUGGCGGACAAGGACAAAGAGGUGCUAGACAAGAGGCGGCGAGAGCGACUGGCGAAGGAGAAGGAGAGGCAGCGGUCAGCUCGACUCGCUGAGGAGGAGCGCCAGUUCCGUCGACUCGCUCGCGCGGCAAAGUAUCAUCGUGAGAACGCUGCCGCCACCUCUGCCGCCGCAGCAGCAGAGGAGCCGCUGCCCUUUGAGAAAGAGCUGGAGUACCUCCUGCAUGACGAGGCGAGUGAGCGGGAGCAGCUGAUCGAGCGAGAGGAACAGCUCGCGUGGCGCCGCCUACAUCGCCAACAAGCGAAAGUUAUUCAGGCUGUCCUGGUGCGACGCCGCCUCGCCGCGGCCACGACGGAGGAGAUGGCGUGGCGCAACGGUUUGCUGCAAGCGUGCCGGGUAGAGCGCGACCGCUACUUCUUGUGCUUCUACGAGCGACUCGACCGCCUGUAUCUUGAGGGCCGCGAGGGGCGUGAUAGGCGUCAGUUGGUUGAGCGUGAGGCAGCUGACAGGUACCAUGUACGUCGGGCCUCGCAGCGACGCUUCUCUAUGGCAACUGAGGAGGCGUCGCAGCGGCACCAGUUCUCCGGUAGCGCCAUGCAGGCGGUUCUUGGCCAGGGCAUCCCGGUCGCAGAGGCGGUAGAUCGCGCUUCCGCCCUCACCGCGGAGGCAAAGACUCGCCACAGCACUUUCUCCAGCGUUUACGAUGAUGCUGCUCAGUUCGAGCAUCGGUGUGAUGUCGGCGUGAGGCUCACGGAGAACCAUCCGUGGCAUCAGCAACAUUCGGAACACCAGCAGCAGCACCCGGACGAGUGGCUGCCCCCCGCGACACUCGCCGCUCAGACCACUAGUGCACUGAACGUGAAGAGAGGCUGCGCCAAGAGCGCUGCCAGCUCCACUGCCGUGACGGAUAUCUCUACGACUGGGUAUCCGGAGUCUUUCCUUUCGGCGACCGGCACGCCGAAGGCGGCGUCCGCGAUGGCGGACAGGCUGUCGGGCAGUAGUGCCUUCGCAAAGGCAUCUGAGCAAGCGAGUCCGUACGUAUCCUCCAAGAAAUACAGCUCGGUAGCCUCCUCGAACAGCACAGAUUCCCCUGCCAUCACCUUCACCACCUCCAGCAAUGGCGAGACAAAGAUGUGGCUGACUGGAGCGGAGCGGCGCCUACUGAUGCUCGUCAGAGACGAGUCUCGCCAACGUAGUCUGCUUGUGAAGCAGCAGCAGCGAGAGGAGGUGGCGCUGCGUCGUCGGCGCGCCACGGCCCUACACUGUGUCUUUGCCAAGGAGAAGGAAAGUUCUGUCAAGCGUGCGCAGCGUUGUGCCCUGGUGGAGGUAACUGCGCUCAAGGCGCAGCUACGGACGUUGCAGCGGCAAACGAGACCCUCCUUGUCUCCACGCAGCAUCGAGGACGGCUCCUCUGCCGCAGCCACCAGCGCAGCUUCCGGUUCCCCUGCCAAUUCCGUAUCCGUAUCGUCGAGGAUGGAGUCCUUGGCAGUGUCGCGUCAUGGCUCGCCACUGCCUUUGCUGCCUCAGCCCACCUCCGAAGCCGCUGCCGCAGCGUGUGCAUCAUCGCCCAACACGGCGCGUGCGCUUUCGGUUGCGAGUAUCUUCACGACCGCGGCGGCGCUGAGCGGCUGGACGGCAUUGCCAGACUCAGAUGGGGAGGAGGAUUAG